GGCGCGCACCUAGCCCGGCGUCCCUGCAGGCUCCGUGUGUGCGUGUGUGUGUGUGUGUGUGUGUGCGUGCGUGUGUGUGUGCGUGUGUGUGUGCGUGUGUGUGUGCGUGUGUGUGUGCGAGAGAGCGAGGAGAGAGCGGGCGAGAGCGCACAGCGGGGCGCAGCCUCUGCAAACGCGCGACGCGGAGCCCGAGUGGCGCCCGGGGAGCCGCGCCGGGCGCUAGGGGGGCCCCGGCGAGCAUGAGCCCGCGUCCCGCCGCAGAGCGGCCGGGGGAGCCGGCCCGGGCGCCGCGCUGAAGGCUGGGCUGGGGCCGGAGUCGGGGCGCCCGGGGCAGGCGGGGGAGCGGCGGGCGCCGCGCCAUGGGGAGCCCCCGGGCCGCGCUGCUCCUGCUGCUCGUGCGCCCCGCCAAGCUGCUGCGUCGGCGCUUCCGCCUGCUGCUCCUGCUCGCCCUGGUGUCCGUGGGGCUCUGGACGCUGUAUCUGGAACUGGUGGCGUCGGCCCGGGUCGGCGGGAACCCCCUGAACCGGAGGUAUGGCAGCUGGAGAGAACUAGCCAAGGCUCUGGCCAGCAGGAACAUACCCGCAGUUGGCCCAAAUCUCCAGUUCUACCACCCCCCGAGGUCAGACCUCAAGGACCAAGACUUGCAACGAGGAGGGAACAGUAAUAGCAGCUACUUGAAGUGGAAUAAACCUGUCCCCUGGCUCUCGGAGUUCCGGGGCCACGCCAACCUGCACGUGUUUGAAGACUGGUGCGGCAGCUCCAUCCAGCAGCUCCGCAGGAACCUCCACUUCCCUCUGUACCCCCAUAUCCGCACAACCCUGAGGAAGCUGGCCGUGUCCCCCAGAUGGACCAACUAUGGCCUCCGCAUCUUUGGCUACCUGCACCCGUUCACAGACGGACAGGUCCAGUUUGCCAUUGCUGCAGAUGACAACGCUGAAUUCUGGCUCAGCCAGGACGACCAGGUCUCGGGCCUCCAGCUGCUGGCCUUUGUGGGCAAGACAGGGAAGGAGUGGGCCGCGCCCGGAGAGUUUGGAAAAUUCCGGAGUCAGAUUUCCAAGCCAGUGAGCCUCUCAGCCUCGCAAAGGUACUACUUUGAGGUGCUGCAUAAGCAAAACGACGAGGGCACCGACCACGUGGAAAUUGCGUGGCGACGGAAUGAUCCAGGGGCCAAGUUCAGCAUCAUUGACUCCCCUUCCCUCUCCCUCUUCACAAAUGAGACGGUGCUGAGGAUGGAUGAGGUGGACCACAUCCCGCAGACAGCGGCCAGCCAUGUGAGGCCCCUGGACCCCCUCCCCAGAGACGAGCAGCCUCCCAUCGACAUGCUCCGGCCCGACCCCCGGGACACCCUGUAUCGAGUGCCUCUGAUCCCCAAAUCUCAUCUCCGCCACGUCCUGCCUGACUGUCCCUACAAACCCAGCUACCUGGUGGACGGGCUCCCUCUGCAGCGCUAUCAGGGACUUCGCUUUGUGCACCUCUCCUUCGUCUACCCCAACGACUACACCCGCCUGAGCCACAUGGAGACCCAAAACAAGUGCUUCUAUCAGGAAAAUGCCUAUUACAGUGACAGGCUCAGCUUUCAGGAGUACAUCAAGAUGGACCAGCCCGAGACGCAGGGGCUGGAGCAGCCAGGUUUCGAAGACAGCCUUCUCGAAGAGUCCCAGUACGGAGACGCAGCCGAGGAGAGCCCUGCCUCUGUGCCCCAGGAGCCCCGGCUGCCCGAAGGAAAACAAGUGUCUACCUCCACCCCGGGGCAAGAUGUCACCGACUACCGCCUCCGGAGUCUGCGCAAGCUGCUGACUCUCCCCCGGGACCGUGCCUUGGGCCCCUUUCCCAAACACAACGCGACAGGGGCCUUCCCCGCGCGGACAAGUGACCUUCCAGGGCAGCCACCAGAGAAGAAGAAAAAGCCCAGCCCGGAGCCCAGCCGCCGUCCACCUCCUGCUGACCAGCGGCCCCCGGGGCGCAUGACAGGGAAGCUCCCUCCGAGGAAGAGACCCAAACCCACCAGGCUGAGCCCCAAGAGGACCCUGGGGCAGUCCCAGUGGCUGAGUCAAGUCGAGUCCUACAUUGCGGAGCAGAGAAGGGGGGACAGGAUGGAGCCUCCGGUCCCCGGGAGGGGCUGGCCCGGGGAGGAAGAGGUGGUGGCGGCUGCGGGCCAGGAAGGACGCGAGGACGGAGAGGAAGAAGGGGAGGAGGAGGAGGAGGACAUGAGUGAGGUGUUCGAGUACGUGCCCAUGUUUGACCCGGUGGUCAGCUGGGACCAGACGUUCAGCGCCCAGACCCUGGACCUGCAGGCCCUGCGCACGGACUGGAUUGACCUGCACUGCAACACGUCGGGGAACCUGCUGCUGCCCGAGCAGGAGGCGCUCGAGGUCACCCGGGUCUUCCUGAAGAGGCUGAACCAGAGGAGCCGGGGGAGGUACCAGCUUCAGCGCAUCGUGAACGUGGAGAAGCGCCAGGACCAGCUCCGUGGGGGCCGCUAUCUCCUGGAGCUCGAGCUGCUGGAGCAGGGGCGGCGGCUGGUGCGGCUCUCGGAGUACGUGUCCACGCGAGGCUGGCAGGGCGCCGAGGCCGCGGGGAGGGGAGAGGCCGAGACCCGCAACCUGCAAGGCCUGCUCUGGGGCCCCCACAGCCGCCGGAGACGGGUCCUGAACGUCCGCAGCGCCGAGCCCAAGCUCUGCUGGCCCCAAGGCUUCUCCUGGAACCACCAAGCCAUGGUCCACUUCAUCGUGCCCGUGAAGAACCAGGCGCGCUGGGUGCACCAGUUCAUCCGAGACAUGGAGAGGCUGCUGCAGGCCACCGGGGACCCGCACUUCAACAUCAUCAUCACCGACUACAGCAGCGAGGACAUGGACGUCGAGACGGCCCUCAAGAGAUCCAAGCUGCGGAGCUACCAGUACAUGAAGCUAAGUGGAAACUUCGAGCGCUCGGCUGGACUGCAGGCUGGCAUAGACCUGGUGAAGGACCCCCACAGCAUCAUCUUCCUCUGUGACCUGCAUAUCCACUUCCCCGCCGGCAUCAUCGACAGCAUCCGCAAGCACUGCGUGGAGGGCAAGAUGGCCUUUGCACCCAUGGUGAUGAGGCUGCACUGCGGGGCCAUCCCCCAGGGGCCCGAGGGCUACUGGGAGGUGAACGGGUUCGGUCUGCUCGGCAUCUACAAGUCGGACCUGGACAGGAUCGGGGGCAUGAACACCAAGGAGUUCCGAGACCGCUGGGGCGGGGAAGACUGGGAGCUGCUGGACAGGAUCCUGCAGGCCGGCCUGGAGGUGGAGCGUCUGUCCCUCCGGAACUUCUUCCACCACUUCCAUUCCAAGCGGGGCAUGUGGAGCCGCCGGCAGAGGAAGCGGCCGUGAGCCCAGGGGCGCCGCUCGAGACCCGCCACGUGCCUGCGCCCCCCGCGUCCUGCAGGCGGAGCCCAGGAAAGGGGCUGCAUCCCAGGAGCCUCGCCGGGACCCCCCUUCCAGUUCCUGGGGAGCCAGCCGGGUUCCCGCACUGAUGGAGACACCGAAACACAGACCAGCAGCUGGAGAAGGCCACCCCGUGGGGUCCGAGAGAGAGACCCAGGGGGGGACCCCGCCUUUAUCCCCAACGGUGCCUUUCGCCAGCCCCCCGCCUCCCCCGGGGACUAGUGACCAGUCCCCGGACGCUUUGGUGGGCGUGUUUUACCGGAAGCCCUGUACCUGCCCCGGCCCUGAGCUGACCGAGAGGGAGGGGUGUGAGUCUCGGGGCGGGGGUCCCCACUGCCAGGCCCCAGGCCCACUCCGGUGCGUGGUGAUGGCUCAGCAAGGAGCAGACCCCACGGUGCAUCCCCAGCGCUCCCUCGAGCCGCCAAGGUCAGCCUCUGACUUGAGCGUUGACCUGUCCACGUGGCGCUGACCCCCGGGCCGGCACCUGUGUGUUCCUGGGAUCACCGUGGCGCUGGGAGAGCAGGAAGGGGCUGCAGAGAGCUUGCUCGGCAUCUGGGCUUUGGGUGGGAAGGAGCAGGGGUGAGGCUCCCCUUCCUGCUCUCCUGGAGGCAGGGAUGCAGAGGCCCAGCAGGGAGCCGGAGGAGCGGCCCUGCGUGGGAGAGGCUUGCAGGGGCCAGGUUUAGGGGUACAGGGGCACCGCGCCAGUGGAAGGAGGCAGGGACUAUGUCAGGGAACUGAGCCAGUUCAGGGACCGAGCCCUGUGGGCUCGGGCGCCCCCUCCCGGCAGAUGGUGGUCUCACCCCCACCCCCACCCGCCUUGGCGUUACUGACCCCAGGUGCCUUGGUGGCGGGGCACUUUGCUGCUGCCAAGCUCAGGACAUGCGUGGGAGGGGCCCAGGUCCUGGGCGUAAGCGUGGGGCUGUGAAUUGGCAUCUGGGCAGGGCCCCGAGGAGGGGCUUCCUCCA